UUUGGCAUGGCGUGGCGUAGAGUAGUGUCGGUAGCGCCGGGCCCACAAUGCACGUUGUUUAUCCGCUGGGGCGCGGUGCGAGGGCGCGGGCGGCGAGGCUCGCCCGGGCCCAGUCAGUCUCUCUCCGCCGCCGUCAGCUGCAGCCGCCCACGUUGCCCUUGCCGCGCGCGCCCUUCCUGCCCGCACUACAAACUGACACUCCGACCUUCAAUUCGAGAGAACGAGACGUCGAUACAAGGCAUUCUGCGAAAGUAUGUGAAGUGGUGGACCACGCGCACUCCCGCCGGCCAUGACGUUCUGCAGUUAGUGCCAGGUGCUGAUUGUGGGGCGUGGGGUAACGGCGGCAUGCGCGUGGUGUUAGCAGCGCUAGCGGCGCUUGCGGCGCGAGCGCUCGGUAGCCCGCACGAACACCGCGCGCGGCAUCAUGCGCCAGACCACCCUCUUCAUUUCCCGGCGCCAGCUCCUCCUCAACCAUAUAGAGGACAUGGCGAGGCAGUGCGCUAUAAUCCUGAAUUAGAUACGAUAUUACCCCGUAUUGAUGAACAUGAAACCUCUUCAAAACGCGCCAAACUGGAAGACGCUGAAACCUCAUCUAAAAGAGAAGAAAAAUAUUAUUCCAACCACGAACGAAACGAAGAAAAUUUUAUGGCAGAUGAACCACAAAUGGGUCCUGAUAACAAUGAUCCGUUAGUCGUUCGCACUCGUAAAGGCAGAGUUAGAGGUAUAACUCUUACAGCUGCAACAGGAAAGGAAGUGGACGCUUGGUUUGGAAUCCCUUACGCACAAAAACCUCUAGGUGACUUGAGAUUUAGACACCCCAGACCUGUUGAAAGCUGGGGUGAAGAAAUUUUAAACGCCACAACACUGCCACAUUCAUGCGUUCAAAUAGUAGAUACCGUGUUUGGGGAUUUUCCAGGUGCUAUGGUGUGGAACCCUAACACAGACAUGCAGGAGGACUGUCUUUAUAUAAAUAUAGUCACACCUAGACCUAGGCCAAAAAAUGCAGCUGUUAUGCUUUGGGUAUUUGGUGGAGGAUUUUAUUCUGGGACUGCCACUUUGGAUGUUUAUGAUCCUAAAAUCCUCGUCUCAGAGGAAAAAGUUGUCUAUGUUUCAAUGCAAUAUCGCGUUGCUUCGCUUGGUUUCCUUUUCUUUGACACGCCCGAUGUUCCAGGAAACUCGGGACUUUUUGAUCAAUUGAUGGCUUUGCAAUGGGUUAAAGACAACAUAGCCUAUUUCGGCGGAAAUCCUCACAAUGUAACGCUAUUUGGAGAGUCUGCUGGAGCAGUAUCUGUUUCUCUUCAUUUAUUAUCACCACUUUCGAGAAACUUGUUUUCGCAGGCAAUUUUGCAAUCGGGAGCUGCAACAGCGCCAUGGGCUAUAAUAUCAAGAGAAGAAAGUAUUUUACGAGGUAUUCGUUUAGCAGAGGCUGUACACUGUCCUCAUUCAAGAACUGAUAUAGGGCCCAUGAUUGAAUGUCUGCGAAAAAAAAGUGCUGAUGAAUUAGUAAAUAAUGAAUGGGGGACGUUAGGCAUUUGUGAAUUUCCUUUCGUUCCUAUUAUCGAUGGUUCCUUUUUAGAUGAAAUGCCUAUCCGUUCCUUAGCACACCAAAACUUCAAAAAAACUAAUCUUCUCAUGGGCUCAAACACCGAAGAAGGAUAUUAUUUUAUAUUAUAUUAUCUGACCGAAUUAUUUCCUAAAGAAGAAAACGUAGGCAUUACCAGAGAGCAAUAUUUACAAGCUGUGAGGGAGUUAAAUCCAUAUGUUACGGACGUAGCCCGUCAAGCCAUAGUGUUUGAAUACACGGAUUGGUUAAAUCCUGAUGAUCCCAUCAAAAAUCGUAAUGCAUUGGAUAAAAUGGUAGGCGACUACCAUUUCACUUGUGGUGUAAAUGAGUUGGCACAUCGUUACGCGGAAACAGGCAACAACGUUUAUGCAUAUUAUUAUAAACACCGCAGUAAGAAUAAUCCAUGGCCGUCGUGGACAGGUGUCAUGCAUGCUGAUGAAAUCAAUUAUGUAUUUGGCGAGCCUCUGAAUCCCGGAAAGAAUUAUUCACCAGAAGAAGUAGAAUUCAGCAAACGAAUGAUGCGGUACUGGGCAAACUUUGCAAAAACUGGAAAUCCAUCCUUAAGUCCAAAUGGGGAAAUGACUAAAGUGCACUGGCCGGUGCAUACCGCGUUCGGCAGGGAGUAUCUGUCUCUGGCAGUCAACUCCAGUGCUGUGGGCCACGGACUGAGAGUUAAACAAUGUGCUUUUUGGCAAAAAUAUCUCCCCCAACUAAUAUCUGCAACAAAAAAAACGGAACCACCCCGUAAUUGCACUGGCAGCGGUUCCUUAUUGCGCCCGUCGGUGCACACGCUGGGCCUAGGCGUCGCGGCGGCAGCAGCGCCCUUCACACACAUGUUGUUGACACAUUUAGUGUCCAUGUUCGCGAACAUUGAUUAGAAAGUUUCACGCAAAUAUCAUAUCGUAUGGUUCAUUUGCUCUGGCCUGCUAUGUCUUUUUGAUGAAAAGCAUUGAAAAAUGCCGUUUUACGAAAUGUUGAGCAAAGCAGCAAGGUUACGAAUUAACGAUAUCAUUGCGUCAACACUUGAUCCAAGAGUCGUGGAUAAAAUCACGAUUUACCAUUUAGCACUACCUCUAGUGUUUAAGAAGUAAAUACAAUAUAAUUUUCAUCACACUUGCUUAUAAAAAAUACUUUGUCUUUCAGACAGAUUUCGCGAGACAAACCAUUGCUAUCCUUAGGAAAUACAUUAAGGAAGUGAAAGUACAACACAUAUUUACGUCGAGUGCGUUUAUUGAAUCUGUAUUGAAUCAGCGAGGGAUUGUUGGACAUGUUAACGCCCAAUGUGGAAUAUGUAAUUUUGCUAAUUUUUGUGACUUUUUGCCAUAUUUUAAAAUACUUACUAUACUUAGUACCUACACCAAAUGCAAAAUUUGAUUUAAAAUAUGUGUUACGCCGUGGUUUGCGUAGGCGACGGCGAUGCGGCGCAUACGAAAUCAAACCUUAUCGAUAUGGAAGCAUGAGACGCGACGGCGACGGUCGCGCGACCGUCGCCCACGCAAGACACGGCGUUACUUUGAUCAUAGAUCCAAAUUGUGAUAUUUUUUUUGCAUGUUAGCAUGUAACUUUUGUAAUUUAACUUUUAAUUAUAGGGAUGACGAUCACAUAAAAAAAUGAUAUUAUGUUUAGUCCGUCAGUUGGAUCGUCCAAAAAUACUGAACAUAUAUUUUUCGCUUUUUCUAAUUAAUGCAAAAAUACAACGAUACAGAGGAUCCAAGUUCCGGACCUUGUGACGUCACUUCUAAGUAAAAAUUGUACCUAGGCAUGACGUCACGCGAAACUUCAACGCACUGUACCGCCGUCAAUUUUCGUUUACGAAAAAAAAAAGAAUCAAAUACGUGUCUUGAUAAUCUAAUUGACGGACUAAUUAAUUUUUUUUAGUCGUCUUGCCUAUUAUACUAAAUCGAAAUGGUGGCCAAUAGGUAUGUUAAAUAUUAUCGUUAACUUUUAUAUUUUUAAUCUUAAAAUGUUUCUUUGCAAGUGUGAUGAAAAACAUUCUGGAGGUGUAAAAAUUGUAAAUGUGAAGUCAUAAAAAACACUCAGUAUUUGUCCUUAUCUCCCUUAGUUUAAGUAUUGCCAAUUUUUAUUUAGAUUAUACUUUUUUGUUUCAAUAUGCGUAGGGUUUUAUUUAUACCAUUAUGCAUUUUGUGCGACUGUCACCUUGUUUAAAUACAUGCUUUUGGCGAUUGUACGGUUAUUAAUAUAAAGUAUGUUUGCAUGCGCGAAAUGGCUUGCUCAUUAUUACAUAGUAUUAACACUUAGCUUUUACAUGUGUAAUUCAGUAACGACGUAGAAAAUCUCUCUUUCUAGUUGUUUAUUUUUUUGCCCACUUCCUUAGUUUUCGGUGGCCAGGGAAAUCUUUCCCUUUUCAUAGGAUAUGUAAAACUUAGAAAUACGCCUAUCAAUAUCGCCGCAUAAAAUGAAAGAAAACCUCAUAAAAAUAAGAAAAUUAACAAAUUAAUAAGAAGACACACAUGGCAGAUCAACAAGUUUCACAUUAGUAAUAUUCAUAAAACUUCUUUUUUAUUUCAUUUAUUUCACCAUGUGCCCAUUUACGUCCAGAUUCGAACUUUUUAUACGUUAAAUAUUGGAUCUACAAUAUCUACAUACAAAACGAGUCGGAUAUCUAAGAGUCAUGUGUUUAUCCGAACGUCACUUUUGACACUGGUAAAUCAGUACAUAUUGUAUAGCAGUGAACUCUUAGAAUCAAUAAAGCAGUAAAAAAGCUGCAGAAAAAAUACUAGCAUUAAGUACCUAUCUAA